AUGGCGGAGAGCCUCCCGAGCAUCGACUUUGGCUUCGAUGAGCUCCGCGACCGCAUGGCCAAGUUCACGGCCAAAUUCGAUGCCUUCAUUGAGCAGGGAAGGAAGCGCGUUCUGGAAGAGAGGAACCAAUUCCGCAUGAACGUUGCUGAGCUACAAGAGGACCAGCGCAUGAAGAAAAAGGAUAUCGAUAUCCUACAGAUGAAGACCAACACAUACCAGAACACCAUCGCGAAGGAGGGUGCCGAGACACGGGAGAUGCAGGCGGCCAUAGCAUCACUGUCCGCGCAGCGCGACAAGCAUCUGUCGACGCGCGACGCUCUGAAGAAGCAAAUCGCCGACACCCAGAAGGAGAUUGACGCGCGGUUGGCAGCGCAGCGCGAACAUGCGGCCCGUCAGGAGGCGCAGUCGCGUUUCAAUGUGCCCGAGCUCGACUUCUGGAUCACGAACCUGUGCCUACGCAUAGAGGGCGCAGGGCACGAUGAUCGCCUCAAGUUCGUGUUCACGCACAUCGACGAGAAGGAUUGGGAGCGCGAGGCAUGGUUUGAGCUCAGCACGUCAUCAAGGGAUUAUGAUAUACGCCACUGCAGGCCGAAGUUGGAAAGGGAGAAGAUCGAGAGGGUGCUGGAACGAACCAACGAGACUCGCGAGCUGGCCGCGCUAUUAAAGGGAAUGAGAGAGCUGUUCGUAGAGCAGCUUAAGUCGUGA